GUGCUUGGUUCAGGGCUGGGGUGAAAGGCCUCUGGCUCCCUGCAGCCUGCUUUGGUCAGGGGAAUAGCUUUGUGGAGUUGGUCCUUCCUGGGUUGGGGGAGACAGAGCAGCCGCUCACACUGCUCUUAGACUACACUAGGGGCCUGGUUUUCUUCUCUGCACCAGUGUCAAGCCUCAAGAACUGACCUCUUCUUCCUCAGUCAUGUCUUUUACUGAAGUCCUGCUGGGUUUACAGUUUGGUUCAAUGACUCGCAGCACCCCUGAGAAGAGGGCAGGGAUGCGAUGAGGUAACGACUUGACUCAGCACUGAAAGACGUGGAGGUGACCCUGGAGUGACACUGCCAGAUAUUCCAGUUCCCUGAAGGCACCAACUUUCUCCCAGAAGCAAUGCUGCUGAGCCGAGCCAUUGAGAACUCUCUGCUGGAACGAUGUAUUUAAAUACACACAAAACCAUUUUUAAAGUCAAACUUUAAUUACACAAGUGUCAAUCUGGAGCAAGUCUGUAAAAGCUAACUACGUUACUCUGGAGUCACACUGGAUAGAAACUGGCCCAGAGGCCUUUCCCUGUGGAAUGCAAAAGCUGAUGAUGGAGCUCAGCAUACAGGAGGGAGGCCUUUCAAUGGCAUAGACCUUAAACAGGGCUGCUCUGGGGGAUCUGACGGCUUUUUCGUUAAGCAGGAAGUGUCGGGACAGACAGAGAGCUGUGCAGGUGAGUCUGGCUUCCCCCGGCGCCCAUCACCAUGGACUGGAAGACGCUGCAGGGCCUGCUGAGCGGGGUGAACAAAUACUCCACGGCCUUCGGGCGCAUCUGGCUCUCCGUGGUCUUCGUCUUCCGGGUGCUGGUCUACGUGGUGGCGGCGGAGCGCGUGUGGGGGGAUGAGCAGAAGGACUUUGACUGCAACACCAAGCAGCCUGGCUGCGCCAACGUCUGCUACGACCACUUCUUCCCCAUCUCCCACAUCCGCCUCUGGGCCCUGCAGCUCAUCUUCGUCACCUGCCCUUCCCUGCUGGUGAUCAUGCACGUGGCCUACCGGGAAGACCGGGAGAGGAAGAACCGGGAGAAGAACGGUGAGGACUGCCCCAAGCUCUAUCGCAACACGGGCAAGAAACACGGCGGGCUAUGGUGGACGUACCUGCUGACCCUCUUCUUCAAGCUGGCCAUCGAAAUCAGCUUCCUCUACAUCCUCCACAAGAUGUGGGAUAGCUUUGACCUGCCGCGCUUGGUCAAAUGUGCCAACCUGGACCCCUGCCCCAACAUCGUGGACUGCUACAUUGCCCGGCCCACCGAAAAAAAGGUCUUCACCUACUUCAUGGUGGGGGCCUCCGCCAUCUGCAUUGUCCUCACCGUCUGCGAGAUCUUCUACCUCAUCUUCAAGCGGGCCGUCCGGAGCCUGCACAAAUGGAAGAACAACUCCACCAAGCACUUGAUCAGCUACAACAAGGCUUCCACCUGCCAGUGCCACCUCAAGCUGGAGCAGCAGGAUGGCAAGGCCAAGAACAAGCCUUUGGACGCCCUCCGGGCCUCCGCUCCCAACUUGACUCUGAUCUGACAGGGCGUGUUGGGGGAGGGAAAAGGCCUCAUGUUGGCCAGAGACAACUGACUUCCAAGAUGGCUGUCUGCCAUGCCACAAAUUUUACUGGAGUAUUUCAAUGGGACCUCGAUGGCUAUGACAAAGCGCGGGAGAGGAGGCGCAUCGCCAAGGCAGGAGCUCUCCCUGUUCUGCGUGGCUGACUGAGUUUUGCAUGCAGGGAUGUUCAUCAGACUGUGGGCUGCUGCCAUCAUUUUGUUGGGGCCAGGCAGAAAGGACAAGACCCUGGCAGUAAGUUGCUGCAGCUGCUCUUAACAUGCAGGGCACAGGUGGGUGGUUUGCCUAGCCAAGGAGGAUGUGUGAAUCCGAAAGUCUAUGUUUUUCAUUAUUUACAUGCUAUCAAGCCAGUCCGUGCAAUCCUGCAGGUUGGAGCUUCCCUCCUACGUGCUCAGACAGGCCACAGGGGAAGGGAGGAGAUGGCUGGCUUUUAAGUCUUAGGAGAAAUGACUAAUGUAAAGUUGCCAAGGACAAUAUUUGUCUCCUAUUCUCUCCCCCCUCUGCUAGACUCGCAGCUGCCACGCCCAAAACACCAGCUCCCUUCGCAGACUCCAUCACAUUGCAUAGAGAGGCGCUUGGACUCGGUACCUUAGCGGAUGGUUCAUUAACCAGGACAUUGAUGGAAAGGGCUUUAUUCUGAUACUGAAGCAGUGAGCAAAUCCUUGCCUUUCCCGUGAACCGUGACCUUGCCAAAGAACCAAGUCCAUGGGGUCUAGCAAUUGUGUGGGAAUAAAGUCAUGGGCACAGAGUGGGAUUGUGGGUGUGUCUCUUGGGAGAGUCUCUGUAGUUUGCAUCUAUCUCAGAAGCUUCAACCUGUCUCCAAAAGCACUCAGAUCAGAGAGCAAAGAAGCCCCCUGGUUGUGCCUUCGGGUGCCUAGGGAGGGCAUUAAACUUUGCCUGGGAGUUUAGUCGGUAAAACCUUGAGUUAAUGCACUGGCCUGUGCUCGAGAAAGCAGCAGAUGCAGUAGCUAGGACGGUGGUUCCAUGACCCAGCUUCCCCGUUCUGAACUGAAUGGCGGGAGUAACAGUGACUCUGCAGGGGAAAGAGUUUUGUAUAUUUUCAAGAAGCAGCGGAACAGCCCAGUGGAGUUUCGGGGUUUGUGACCUGUUCUGGGCCAGAUCCUCAGAUGAUGUAAAUGGAGCUAGGCCGAUUUCCACCAGCUGAGACUCUGGCCUCACAAUUUUUCAUUUAAGUUAUUUUCUGUUCUAAUGUUCAAGCUUUGUCCAAAUUCUGUAAACCCCCGUUACUGAGUAGCUUCUGGCUGAAACCAAAUGAGUUCUCCCAUUCCUGGUUGAAAAUGGGAUUGGGAUGUAAAAUUCAAAUUAAACGUGUCAAAUUCAUCUCUGAGGUAACUCCAGUCAAAUCCAAUUGAGGUGUCAAUCAAAAUACACCAAAGAUGACUCUGUCCCAGUGAGUUUAUUGUUAACCAUGGUUAGAAAUCUUUACCCAUGCUCCCAGGUAACUGAUGUUGCAUAAUUGACUAGGACAGGACAUAAGCCCAUAAGAUAUGAGGAAUCUGAGUGUGUAGAUAUUUGCAGGAAGUUCUUGUUCUUUGGAUUUUUUUAAAUACUUUGUCAAGAUGUUUCUGACUAAAAUAGAGUCCUGAGCAGCUGCACCUCCAGGGAGAUGUCCAGACCCUCACAAAGCAAACUCUAUGAAUGAUGCACAUGUUUGUGUAUGUUAAUAAGCAGCAGUGUUGGGUGGGAAACGUUCUCCCAUCCCACAAGAAUUUUAUAGAUUUAAAAAAAAUUCCCAUCCUGAAUCAGGACAAAAAGUCAAAAUUAUGAAAAUGUUCAUGAACUGAGAAUCCAAAAAGAAUUUCCGCUCUGGUCGAAUGAGAGAUUUCCUUUUGAUAAGUUCCAAACUUUUUGUUUUGAUGUUGACCUUUUUUAUACUUUUUUUUACUUAUUAUUUUUACAUAAUUUAACUUAAAUUUUGAAACAAAAAGUCAUUUUGACCCCCAAACCAGCACUUUUUUGUUUAGGAAAUGUAACGGGUAAGUAACAAGUGUCUCGGAUUCUGCUGGCAUGAAUUCAGGGGGUCCUAAAGGCAAACAUUGGCAAUCUGUCGAUUGCCAGGCUGAUAUUUACUGAUUGGUCAAUAUCAGGCCAUAAGGACCAAUGUCAUCCUUGAAGGAUCUGCAUGGAGAAGGUCAGUCUGUUUGCUCGUACUAUUGUGCCCUAAUGGCCACACGGCUCCUUUAGAAACCCCAGGAAAACAUUUCGCUGCCAUGAGAGGAGGAGAUUAAAAGAGAUUCAGAGGGGCAGCCUCUUUAGAAGUGCUGUUUUAUUUCUCAUUAGCUCAGCAGCUGCCAGGCCCCUGAUAUUAAUAACUCCCCCAUCCUCCACCCCUGAAAUUGAACGCCAGAUAGCCACUGACGGGCUAUAGCUACACUACAGCACCUGCGUAGCUAUGCCAGCGUUGCCCUCUAGUGUAGACGCAGCAUACUCCAACCGAAGGAGUUUUUCUGCCUGUGUAAAAGCACCACCUCCCUAUGCCAACAGAGGCCUUCUUCUCUGCUGCAUCUGCACUAGGGGUUUUGUCAGCAUGGCUUUGUCUCUAGCAUCUGGGCUAUACUCAAUUUGCCCUAGCUGUGUUGCUCAGGGCUGUGAAACCCCCGGUGUAGACGUGGCGAAGUCGACGGAAGAAUUCUUCCAUCCACAAAGCUACCACCGCUCAGAGGAUGGAUUAAUGACACUGACAGAAAAACCCCUUCUGUCUCUGUAGCACCAUAGCUGGGCAGCUGUAGUGUGGACAUACCCAUAGGGUGUGGGCUUUUUUCACACCCCUGCCCGACAUCGCUAGCCCAGUAUAAGUUGUAAGCGCUGAGCAGGCCAGCCCUCGCUCCAUUUUGCCGAGUGGCUGCAGCGUCCAGGGAGUUCUCUCUCAGGCAAUGCACAGCUCAGAAAAAGUUACAGACAAGAAACAUUCAGCAGCCACUUGUCAAACAUCUUUGCUGGGUCAAAGUCACGUUGGGAUGAGCUCCGAAGCUGGUAUGAACCGGCAUAGCCCGAUUCCGCCAGCGGAGGAUCCAUCUCGGCGAGUUUUGAUUUGUCAAACCCAGGCAACUUCGUUCGUGUGCCCCCUCCCCCACUCCUGCUGUCUGGGAUGCUCCGAAAAGCGCUUCACAGCAACGCGACUAGUAUUUAGUAUUUUACAGCUGUCCUGCUGGGCUGGGGGACGUGUGUCCCACCCCCGGCAGCCAAAGAAACAUUUGAUUUGUGUAAUCAACCAGGUAAUGGAAU